AUGUCUACAAGACUCGCCCGAAUGCGCGACCUGGUCAUCCGAGGCCGCAAGGCUCUGCUACCAGACGGAGGGACAAUCUCCAAAAUCCCACUCCUCGACAUGCUCGCCCAUAACUGGCACCUCGGAUUCAUCUCCUUCGGCGGCCCUACCGUGCACUUCCAAAUGUUCCGAGAGCUGUUUGUCGAGAAGUAUGGCUGGCUUGACGACACAGCGUACGACGAGCUGUUUGGUCUCUGCCAGGCGCUGAGUGGGCCCGGUUCGACGAAGAUGCUCUACAUCAUCAAUGUAAUGCACUACGGCUUUGACUGUGGAGUUGCAGCGUUCUUUGUCUGGAGUCUGCCCAUGGCGAUCGCCUCUUGGGGUCUUGCGAUGGGCGUGGGACAGAUACAGGAUGAAUUACCUGGACCGGCUUACGCAUUGCUCAGUGGGCUGAAUUCGGCGACUGUGGGAAUCGUUGCUCUUGCUGCCGUGCAGCUAAGUCAGAAGGCUAUCACAGAUCGCCUGACGAGGACGAUUGUGUUUCUUGGGGGAACUGCGGGAAUGCUCUAUAAUGCUCUGUGGUACUUUCCUGUGCUGAUCGCUGUUGGGGGCUUGAUGACGACCAUAUCGGAUUUACGGCUCGUUCAGCGUAGCUGGCGGGCCUUGUCAAGGGACCAACCUCCUCCACGUCAGGCAGACGACGAUAUCAACCUGGAGACACUUGAGCAGCGCCGUGAAGCCUCCUCUGUGCGCCACCGGACAUCUCGACAAGAUGAAGCACAACCUCCUCAAGAACAGCAAUCUCAAAGCAAGCUCCUCUCCUGGAAGACCGGUGUCAUCGUUCUGACGUCCUUCUUCGUCUCCUUCGCCAUCGUCAUGGCCUGCAGAGGAAUCUACUCCGACAGAAAUCGUGCCUUCGACCUCUUCGCGAACAUGUACCUCGCAGGCACGAUCAUCUUCGGCGGCGGCCCAGUGGUCAUCCCUCUUCUCCGAGAAUACAUCGUCACGCCCGGCUGGGUCUCAUCGCGAGACUUCCUGCUUGGACUAGCCAUAGUGCAGGCUUUCCCGGGACCGAACUUCAACUUUGCGGUUUACCUGGGAGCGCUGGCGGUCCAAGGCUCUUCCACGCCAACUAUAGGGGGUGCAGCCACUGCCUUCCUUGGGAUCUUCGUCCCGGGAAUGUGGCUCGCCACCGGUCUUCUGGGGAUAUGGUCCUCUGUUCGCAAAGCUCACGCGGUCCGCGCAGCUUUGAGGGGCGUGCAUGCAGCUGCGGUGGGAUUGGUCUUCACAGCGGUCUACCGGUUGUUCGAGAUUGGGUAUCUUGACGCUGAAGUGAGGAAUGGAGGCAGCCUUAGUAGGGAUCCGUGGUGGGUGGUUAUUGUAGCGACGAGCUUUGUUGGGGGUAUGCACUACAAGCUUCCUCCUCCUGCUGCGAUCUUGCUGGGUGCGGUCAUGGGUUUGAUCUGGUAUGCUGUCGUUCGCGCAUGA